AUGUCGCUGCAGCCCGAUGUGGCGACGGUAAGCGAGGCCACGGCCAAGUUGUGGACGGCCCAAGAACCCGCCGAAAUUGUGGCCGGACUGCGAGGAGUGCACGAAGCUUUGUUGUUGUACGAUGAUGAUGACGAUGACAGCCGUCAGCCCUGGCUGUCGUCAUUAUUUGAUCCAUCGGAUGUCUUUUUGGCCGUGCAGGGAGCUUCCUUGCGAGGAUUUGAACAUCGAAGCAGAAAUAAUAAUGGCAGUUGUACGGAUCAUCAAUGGUCCGUCUUGCAGGAAUCCAUAUGGACCAUUGCCGCCCUGACCCGCGUUUGUGUCGGACCGGCAUGGUGGUAUCAGGCAUUGCAAAGACGACGACUCCGAAGACGACCUGGCAAUGUGCAUCCCCAUCAUCGCCAGAUCACUCCCAUGACUCUGCCGGAUGACUCGUCUUCCAAUAUUGAAGAUAUCGAUGAGUCAUCGUUGUCUUCCAAUCAUGAUGACGAGGCUACUACCGGUAGGAAUCCUCCUCAAUCAUUGGAUGAAAGAAUCAACAAUUCGCUCUGGUUAGACCAACAAGAACGGAAUGUCUGGUAUCCUCCCAUUCCAGACAUUUUGCCGGCGGCGCUGUUGCGAUUUACGGCCAAUGCCAGUGCCAAAGCUCUGGAGUUGGCUGCGACUACAACAACAACAACUACUGCUAGUAUCCCCAUGACACAAAGAAUCAAAUUGGUCGAAGCACAACUGUUUGUCAUUCGGCAAAUUUGUUGUGCCAAUCGCAGUGGCAACUGUGACACGGAUAUCAUGGAAUGGAACAUUCCGGGAGCACACGAAACCGUAGGAAUGGUGCUCGCAUACUGUUUGAAACUGGUUUGUACAGGGAGAGAAGAAAGCCAAGAGGACAGCGAUCUGCUCUCCUUUCUAGUGGUGGAUGAUGAGCAGAUUACGCAACAGGCAGCAGCUGGGGCAUUCCAUCAUGGUGGCAGAGCAGCAAAGAUCUACAGCAGCUCGUCAGUCGAUCAAUGGAAGUACAUUUUAUUGGUUUCCAGAGCUACGACAGACUUGAUAACCUCUGGUUGGAGGCCCUUGCCUUGGGGGCGAGAUGGACAAGAUGCCAUUCUUGCCCUAUUGGUCAUUGCCUGCCGAGGGAUUCAGUUGGUCGAUCUUCAAACAUCCGCGGAAGAUACGUCCAAUGACGCACGGCAGGAACGAUUGGAGGCAUCAUCGUGCGCUGCGGAAGCGCUUUCUGCACUCCUUGCAUUGGCAACACGGGGCUUGAUUCCGAGUCAUGUUCAAAAAACAGUUGUCAGGACUGCCUGUAGGCUACACGCCGUAUUGUCGGGCACCGUGGGGGUGGAAGCGACCUUGCUGUAUCCUCUCUUUGACAACUCUGGUUUGCCGAAUGAUUUGCCAACGAGCGUGGAAGAAGAGCAAGAAGAAAUUGACCAUCAGAUCGAAUUCUUUGCUUCCCAAAGAGAGUUGUGCAUGACAGACACCAGCGACGUUCUUUGGGGCAUGCUGGCUCAUGAGACAUCCGUGGAACAAUCCAUUACAGUGCUCUUCUCCAUCAUCGAGAUUGCUACCCAGACCAUUGGCUAUAAGGAUAGCGUCGAUUCGCCACUUUUCAACACUCUCAAAUGGAACGAUCAAACAGACGAUUUCGUCCUAAAGGAUUGUUCAUCCUCUGUCAAAGUGAUCAGCCAUGCUCUCUUUGGCGUGGCACCGGACUUUUCAGAGCUAUCCACCUCCCUCCGUAUCUUUUGGCACAGCGCCAUUCAAAGCAUCUCCUUGCUGCUCUCCACUGUACAGUCGAAGGUCGCGGCAAAGCCCCAAACUGGGCUGAGCUUUGUGCGUUCGAGUUACUUUACCAAACAAGUCCGGCCGGUCGUCGUGGAUGCCAUGGCAGCUUUGGAAAGAGUCGUAAACGCGGAACUCAGAGGUGGGAAUGGAAUUCUCUCGGCGUUUGACUGGGAGAUUUUGGUGGAUGGGAUUGAGAAUGCCGUUGUUCCAUGGCUUGCACACAGGGAGGGUACUUCGUCGUCGACCACCAAUGAUCUAAGGAUGAAAACAGAAUCUUUGUUGAUUCGAGUGAGCGUCCUACUGGAAAACUGUGCGCGCACUGGUAGUGUGCCUCUGGCGGACUAUGCUUGCUUGAGAAGACUGUUUCUGGUUUUGCUCCGCAACUCGUCGGCAUUGGACAAGAAGAAUACAGAAAUUGUAGAUCUGGCUGUAAUCCGAGCAUGGGCAGCGUUUGGAUUCUUUCCCUAUCGCCUGGAAGGUUGGGCCGAAACCGUGUCAGAGCUCUUGGGGGAGGUUUUUCUUAUGGGGAAGACAUGCUUCUUGCAUAGCAGGUUCGUCCAACUGGAAGCGCUCGAGUUGUUGACGUUUGAUGGGGGCUAUGAGGGGGCAGAACAUGGGGAAACGAACACUUCCAAAUCGCCUUCCUUACUGGUGAUGACACGACACGUGACUGUGGCAUAUCAACGGAUUGUAGCAGACAGCAUUCUGCCGUUGUUGAAACUCAUUUUGGUUGAUGGAACGUCCUUAAAGGAAUGCAGCGAAAAAGGGGGUGUUGUGGGUGGGGUAAUAGAGCGGGAGGGAAAAGUGAGAUCUAUCGACGAGCAAUCCGGUUCAUCGUACACUACAGGUGCUGUACUCUCUGAAGACCGCACACGAGAACGCUCAGAUCAAGGGGAAGAUUCAACUGGGGAGGAUCCGUCAGAAGAUGCUACAGAUUUGCAGCUCUACGCAGUGAAAUUGGCUGGCAGAUUGUUCAACGAUCGCGCAGGAAAUCGACAACAACGUUCUGCUUGCGUCGUGAUUCUAGAUCGUGCUGCCUCCGUGUCAACACUGGUCGAAGUCAGGGUUGAAGCUCUCAAACAGCUGGUUUCGUGUUUAAGUGGGAGCUUCAGUGAACUGUCGUUUGCCCACGAAAGCACCACGUCUCUGGUCGAUGCGCUAUGCUCUGCCCUGGCCUCAGCCGUGGAAUCCAUUGAACGAGGAGAAUAUGUAGCGGAGAAUAUCUCUCUCGCCACAAACGUCUUGGGAGCCCUUGGCAGGCUGAAGGUGAACGAAAAAGGAGCUUUGGCGUUGAUGCUGGCAAGCCAUGGUAGAGCAAUGUGGGCUUCUUCUCUCGUCAGUGUACAUUUUGAUCAACACUCAAUCAGCCAACGACCGGAAAGAACGAUGUUCUCGUUCGCAAACACGACCAAUGCGCUGAUGAUGCUAGUGUGCAAGUCCAAAUGUAAAGAGACACACGAAAGCGGCAAAUAUGAGGCUUCGCUGUCCCCGCUAAGAUGGCACUCAUUCAACGUAUUGAGCGGGUAUCUUCGAUUGGGUCUGUCAGUUUCAGCCCCUGCGAGAAUCGAGGACUUAACACAGCCACUCAACAAAUCAGACUUCAAUGGGGUGCUUGCAACAUUCAAUUGCUUGUCCCUGCUUGCCCAGCGUGCAGUUGCGGAUCAGAAUCCCAGAACCACGUCGCCGCAGCUGAUAGCUCAUCUCUUUUCGGAAGUCUUUGGACAAGCCCAUCCUAAACUUACCAUCAGGUGCUGCCGACCUCUAUUCGCGUUGCUCUCUUCGGUGUCGUUGGAGAGAACAGCCUACGACACAAUCCUCAAUCAACUGCAAGUCGAGGUAGGCAGAGUCAGCAGCUUGACAACGGUCCAAGCACGACUUGUGGCAACCCUGCUUGCCAUUCUGAAUGAAGCGUUGCAACGCACGAAACGAAUUGUGGAGCCCCCGUCUGCAAUGAAAGCGUUCGAGCUGUGCUGUGAAAUCAUAUCGACGUCGAUUGUGUUGCUUCCAAGUUGUGUUGGCUUGCACCUUGCUCUUCGGUACGCGCUGGCGAUUAUCCGAGGCUUCAAGUCCGAGGAAGCAAAGAUGGCUUUGCAACAGUUCCACGCCAAUAAUUAUCCCGAUAGAUUCAAGAAGCAAGUGAGUGAUUCCGAUGACCACCUCUUUGCUUUCUUGAUCGUACGUGAAUCUCUCGAACAGCAGCUGGAGAGCCAAUCAUCGCCAAGUGUUGUUCUAGAAGAAAAAAUGGAUGAUUGCAGGGACUCAGAAACACUACUACAAUCACUUUCGAUGUUCGAGAAGCUCACGAUUGAAGGCAACUGCCUGGAAAAGUUCGUUGUAGCAGACGCGGAUGCGAUCUCAGGAGAACCCUGCGCUGCGUGGCUCUGUGAAAACAAUGUUGUCCUUACCUGUCGUAUGGGGUCACCCACCUCGCGGUACAGGAACUAUUUAGAGGUUGUGGUCCGGUCGCCAACUGUCUUCAAACGAAGCUUAAUACCAAUGCUCGGAAAGCUCUAUCUGGAAGAUCCAGACUUCCCGUUGCUCCUGGAAUCGGAGCCGCAGUUGAGAGACAAACCGACAAAAUCUGAUUUUGAAGGAUUCGGCCUCGAAACAGAUUCCACUGUGCUUGAUAGGGCAACGUCUCUCCUGGACAGAUUUGACAUGAUGUUCGCCGAGCACGCAGAAACCGUCAACUCAGAGAUGAACGAGGCAAGCUCGAGUAACCUUGUGGAGAACGAGCAGUUCACGGAACCAACAGAGGAAAUUACAGUGACAUCACCAUCGGAUGCCCCGUCUGACCCACCGCCUGUUGAUUGUCCUGUAGCGGAUAUGUGCGCCUUAAACAGAGAGCCAUUGGACCCAUUGAGCGUGAGAGCCUGGUUGUAUUCUGUAUUCGAUUGCGAUGAAGCUGGUGGCGACGACAUAUCUACCGAUACCCGUGUCGAGCGUCAUCUUCGAACACGCGAUUUCUCUAUUUCCAGUGCAUGCAGUUGCGAGUUCGUUUCGUUGAAGAACUACAAGUUCAAGCUGAGUGAGAGCAAGCGGUUGAGCUACAAUGCAAAACUAGAGCGGUCUCUUGCAGUCCUGGAUCGAGCUACUCCAGCCAACGUUUACAAGUUUGGCGUUCUCUACCUUGGCCGUUCCGAGGGUCGAGAGGGCACAACGAUGGAAACACGUCUUCUCGGAGUGGUGCACUGUUCUCCUGAUUUUCACAAGUUCACGUCUAGACUGGGAGAGAUGAUCUCGACAAGAUACUUGAAGGCCUAUUCGGCGGGUCUUGAUACUUCGGAGGUUGAGAGUGAUGGACGGUACGCCUUGGCUUGGUCAUCACCAGACAGCAGCAGCGCGGUCGUGUUUCAUGUGGCACCUUUGAUGCCAGAAGGCUUGACGGAAAGGAAGAGGCACAUUGGGAACGAUAGCGUUUUGAUUGUGUUUGUGGACAGGUCCAUCGAGAGUUAUCUGGAUCUCGGGAUUGCCAGCGACAACGUCCAUGGAGUUCCGAUGGUGAGUGGACAGUUCAGUCAUGCAACAAUCAUCGUGAAGCCGCUGUGUCAGCCGGGCAUGUUCCUGGUUUCUUGUGUCAUACGAGCUGGACUGCCUGAAAGUCUUGACGAGAUGCUAUCUGACAUGGCCGGUGAUGACCUCGUGGGGGAGGAACAUGUUGCACAAUUUGUUCGAGGCUUGGCUAUACGCAUCGAUCUUGUCUGUCGUGCAAUGAUGGACAGCCUUCCGCCACCAACCAAUAGUUUGGAUAGAUCAAGGCUAAUAUCCAUGAUGCAGCGCUACGUGAUCUUGGAUAGCUAA